AUGCACUCCUCGAUUCUCCACUAUAUUCCGUAUUAUGAGGAAAUCAAAUAUCAUACGAACAAAUUGCUGUUAUUUUCUAAUCAACAAAAAAAUUCCUAUUCGAUUUUGCCCUCUAUAGAAUCCUUCUGCCAAUUUUCCAAUCUCAACAUGCCAGAUGCAGUAAAUGAAGAGCCCAUUUCGUCAAACAAUGGGCCUUCAACUUGCGACCUACCACUUGCCAGGCAAAAGCGCUUGCACUGGUGGCUCUUACUUGCUCUUCUCAUAAUUUUUCUUCUUGUUGGUCAAGCUGCUGCAGUCCUUUUGGGAAGAUUUUAUUACGACAAAGGUGGAAAUAGUAAAUGGAUGGCCACUCUUGUUCAAACAGCUGCUUUCCCUAUCCUUUUUAUCCCAUACUUUUUUCUCCGAUCCUCAGAUGACUCUUCAAGCGUGUCAAACCCUCCUUCUAUUCUUACCAUAUCUCUAAUCUAUGCUGUCAUUGGAGGUGUCAUUGCUGGAGACAAUAUGCUGUAUUCUGUUGGACUAUUAUACCUGUCUGCCUCUACUUAUUCCCUCAUCUGCGCCACACAGUUGGCCUUCAAUGCGAUUACCUCUUUCUUCAUCAAUCGCCAAAAGUUCACUUCUUUAAUUUUUAAUUCUGUUGUUAUUCUUUCAUUAUCCACUUCUCUAAUUGCAGUCAAUGAUGAUUCCGAUAAACCUUCAGCAGUCACUAAAGGAAAAUAUCUCCUGGGGAUUCUAACCACUCUUGCAGCUUCUGCUCUGUACUCUGUUUUGCUUUCCCUCAUGCAGUUAACUUUCCAGAAGGUUCUAAAGAAGGAAACAUUUUCUGUGGUUCUGGAAAUGCAAAUUUAUACAUCAGUUAUGGCUACUUGUGUUUCCAUUGCAGGGCUUUUUAUAAGCGGUGAAUGGAAGACUUUACGGGGAGAGAUGGAUGGUUUCACCCCCGGAAAUCUUUCUUACAUCAUGACUUUGGUUUGGACAGCAGUUGCAUGGCAACUUUGUUCUGUCGGCGUUGUAGGUUUGAUCUUUGUAGCUUCCUCCCUUUUCUCCAACGUUAUCAGUACUCUUUCCUUGGCCGUUACUCCUAUAGCUUCUCUUAUCGUCUUCCAUGACAAGAUGAAUGGUGUGAAAAUAAUAGCAAUGCUGAUGGCAUUUUGGGGUUUUGCUUCUUACAUAUAUCAGAACUAUCUUGAUGAUGUUGAGGCAAGGAAAACACAAGCUGAUGCUAAUGAUGCCUCUGCCAGUUCUUGCUGA